UCUUUGGAUAUUAUAGUGUUUUUAACUUAGAUUUAUUUGAAAUAGAGCCGUCAACGUAUAGCUAUACAGCGUUUAAAUCAAUCGCUGUAACUUUUGUGUGAAAAUACUAAAUAAAACGCGUGAUGCAAACUGAUGAAAAAGACGUGUUCGGUCACCGCUUGAAACAGCUCACCGACGAAGAGAAGCAGCGUUUAGAAGCGCAAAACUCCCGCUUAAUAACCGAAGCGAAGGCUCAAAAGCUCGAACGCGACGCCAAGCGCCACUGGGACAUUUUUUACAAGCGAAACGAGACCAAGUUCUUCCGCGACCGCCAUUGGACCACGCGCGAAUUCCAGGAGCUAAUUAACUUCGAUCCAGAGCAGAAAAUCACAUUCUUAGAGCUCGGUUGCGGCGUCGGCAACAUGCUGUUCCCUUUAGUGGAAGAAGGGUUCGAUAAUUUCUAUUUCUACGCGUGCGAUUUUUCGCCGCGUGCUGUCGAGUUCGUAAAGAAUAAUAAGCUCUAUGAUCCUAGCAAGAUGACUGCUUUUUGCGCUGAUUUGACUACUGACGAGUUGUUCGAGAACGUUCCGGAAGCCAGCGUGGAUAUAGCUAGCCUUAUUUUCGUCCUGUCUGCCAUUCAGCCGGCAUGCUGGGAGAUAGUGGCUAAGAACGCAUUGAGAGUUCUUCGCCCGGGCGGGAUUUUGCUGUUUAGAGACUACGGUCGCUACGAUAUGGCUCAGUUGAGAUUCAAACCUGGGCACAAGAUUGCUGAGAAUUUCUAUAUGCGGCAAGAUGGAACUAGGAGCUACUAUUUCAAUGAAGAAGAACUGGCGUCUCUGUUCACCGAUGCGGGCUUCGAGAUCCUCACCAACAGCUAUGUGCAGCGGAGAACCGUCAACUUCAAGGAGGGUGUGGACGUGCCUAGGAUCUUUGUGCAGGGGAAAUUUAGGAAGAAGGACUGAGAGUUGCCGAGAAGAUGUGUGAAAAGUGGAAGGCGCAAGACCACAGGGCCCUCCACCAACUAGAUGGUAGUUAAGAAGGCCACCUCAGGCAAACUAAAUCAAGCGGUGAGGGCUACGGGAGUAAUCACAGGAGCUGCAAAACCAAGUGGUCAUGAUCCUCAGUAAAGAAGUGUGACUAAACAGGAAGGAUUAUAUUCCAUGGGUACUAACGUGGCUCCUCUGCAUGAAACAUGAGAAAGAAUACCAGCCAAUGGAGACUACUGAGCACUUUCGAUCGACGGCAAUGGUUUGAAGAUCGGUACUAGCUGAUAUUUCCUUUAGAGGGCAAUGGUUUGAAGAGCGGUACUUGCAAUUAUUUCCUCUUGGUAUUCAUCAGAAGCGGGACCAUAACUUUACUGCUUAAACAUUGGAGGAAGCAGACGACCCGACCCGCCUGAUGGAAGCAAUCAUCGCCCAUGGACUUAAACAUCAGAGGAGCCACGGCAUUUGGGCAACCUUUGAGAACCCUAAAUACCAUGCUUCUUGAAGAACAGAACCACAGUCCACAUGUCAUAGCGCAAGGGAAACGCUUCAGAAGAAACAUGAGAAAGAAUACCAGCCAAUGGAGACUACUGAGCACUUUCGAUCGAGGGCAAUGGUUUGAAGAGCGGUACUUGCAAUUAUUUCCUCUUGGUAUUCAUCAGAAGCGGGACCAUAACUUUACUGCUUAAACAUUGGAGGAAGCAGACGACCCGACCCGCCUGAUGGAAGCAAUCAUCGCCCAUGGACUUAAACAUCAGAGGAGCCACGGCAUUUGGGCAACCUUUGAGAACCCUAAAUACCAUGCUUCUUGAAGAACAGAACCACAGUCCACAUGUCAUAGCGCAAGGGAAACGCUUCAGAAGGUACUGAGGAGCGGAGACAUGACAAUACAGUAAAUUGCGGAGAGGCUUCGUACAGGUAUUAUGCCGCCCUUCGUACAGAAGAAUUCGUGAUUUGAUGAGGUACGGAACUCUACGGGACAUAUCGGAACCGAAUGAUAUAAUUUAUAAAUUUAAUUUGAUUGAAUUUGAUUUUUAAAUUGGCAUGUAUUUAACAGAU